GCCACAUAUCAGUGCCCAUCUGAGCUGCCUUUCAGUGCCGCCUGUCAGUGCACGUCAGUGCCACCUGCCAAUGCCAUGUAUCAGUGCUGCCUUUCAGUGCCCAUCAGUGAUGCCUGCCAAUGCCCAUUAGUGCCACCUACCAGUGCCUCCUCAUUAGUGCCCAUCAGUGCCACCUAUCAGUGUCCAUCAUCAGUGCCGCCAGUCAGUGCCCAGCAGUGAUGCCAGUCAAUACCGUCUAUCAGUACCAAUCAUCAGUGUCACCUAUCAGUGCCGCCUAUCAGUGCUGCAUAUUAGUGC